UCACAUUGACCAAACCCUGUUCUGUUCUGUUCUGUUCUGUACUUUACUUUACUUUACUUUUGUUGUUCGAAACUAAAACGAACCAAACACAAACACAAAGAAGAAGAAGAAGAAGAAUGUCGUCAAACACAAAAACCAAUACCCUUUCUUCAUCUUCUUCGUCUUCUUCACUCUCUCACGAGCAAAAGAGCAAUGGUGUGUUUGGUGAUGUUUACGCCAUCCUGAAAGACGUUGAUAUUCUUCCCAACGCUUUUCGAUUUCAACUUCCUCACCAAGCACAGGAUUUUUUAGAUAAGAGAGAAGUUCGUGAGUUUAUGAGCGGCGCCCUAGCUGGUGCUAUGACUAAAGCCAUUCUUGCUCCUCUUGAAACCAUCAGGACAAGAAUGGUAGUUGGUGUUGGGUCGAGAAAUAUCGCAGGUAGUUUCGUUCAGGUUGUAGAACAGCAGGGAUGGCAAGGAUUGUGGGCUGGAAACAUGAUCAAUAUGAUUCGUAUAGUUCCCACACAAGCCAUUGAGUUUGGUACAUUUGAGUGGACAAAACGGGGGAUGGCAUCACUGCAAGAGAAAUGGGAACAGAAUGAAUCUCCUAAGUUGCAGAUAGGUUGCAUCAAUCUGAGCUUGUCUUUAUCUUGGAUUUCACCAACUGCCGUGGCUGGGGCAGCUGCAGGAAUUGCUAGCACACUUGCAUGCCAUCCCCUAGAAGUUUUGAAGGAUCGGUUAACUAUAAGUCCUGAAAUAUACCCUAAUUUGGGUGCUGCAAUUAGAAAUAUUUAUAAAGAUGGUGGUAUCGGCGCUUUUUAUGCUGGUUUAUCACCUACUCUUGUUGGCAUGCUUCCAUACAGUACCUGUUAUUAUUUCAUGUAUGACACAAUAAAGAAAUCUUACUGCCUGACCAAAAAUAAGAAGUCUUUAAAUCGUCCGGAGAUGCUUAUAAUUGGAGCUCUAUCAGGUUUUACUGCCAGUACAAUUAGCUUUCCAUUGGAGGUAGCUAGAAAGCGUCUGAUGGUCGGAGCAUUACAAGGUAAGUGCCCACCAAACAUGGCAGCAGCAUUGUCGGAAGUUAUUCGAGAAGAAGGUCUGAAGGGUCUAUACAGAGGUUGGGGUGCAAGCUGUUUAAAGGUAAUGCCAUCCUCUGGAAUCACCUGGAUGUUUUAUGAAGCAUGGAAAGACAUACUGGUUGUCCAGAAGGGUAUUUCCUUAUAGUCUUAAUAAGGAUGACUGGGUUUUUCAUCUUUUUGAAAUUAAGAAAUACUGUAACUUCAUACCGGGUUUCAAAAAUUGGAUGACUAUUUCACAAUGACAAUGGUCACUCCUACUAACCAGGUAGUUAGCCGAGCUUGUAAUUUUGAGGUUUCGAUUUUGAUUUGCGAUGACCUCAUCAAAAGAGAAAGGAUGAGUAGGGAGGAGUUUUAUGUACUUCUGUUUCUUUCCCUCAUAACUCCAAUAUGCAAUCUAAUUGUAUCGGUUCUCACCAUAUAAUGUUUCCGACUCUCUUGAGUAAAAAUAUAUAUAUGGUCCAA